AUGCUCAUCAAACUUCUGAUAAUUAUUGUAUUUGCUUCUGCUUCUUUGGGUUUUCCGAAUCCGAACAAUGACAAUAAUCCAUUUGGAUGUUCGACUGAAGAUUUGCAAUUGACAAGCACUUGUAGACCGGUGAGAGUGUUUUUCAAUCUUCAAAAAUAAUUUAAAAAUUCUAGAAACUCACCAAAUUGACUGAUGAAAUGAAAAAAUUCCCAGCUGGAAAAGGACUUCCAGAUUCAGCAUCUUUGAAAGUUAUGUUAAAUCACUGUGAAGAUGCAAUGAAAUGUAUUGACAAAGCACAAUGUUCAGCGAUUAGAGAUCGAACAAAAAAUUUCAAAACAAUGUGUGAGACUAUCAAAUUUCUUGGAGAAUCGUAUGGGCAAUGUUCGAAAACGGUUAGUUCUUAUAAUCUAAUUAUUAAAUAUCUCUUCAUAACUGAAAAAUCAGUUUUUUACAGUUGAAAGAAUCAACAUCAAAAUCAGAAUGUUCAACUUGGUUUUAUUCGGACAAAAGUCAUAUGUCAAACAAAGAAAAUUGUGAUGGUUUCAAACAACGAAAAGAUUGUAUUCAGAAAGAUGUUCGAAAAACUUGUGGAGCUGAAGUUGAACAAAACUUCAACCAAAAUCUUGGAUUCAUUAUGAAACAAGUUGGAUGUGUGUAA